CUCUGGAAAUGUUUCUUUUUUGGUCCAGGGCACCUUAAGCAGUUUCCCUUUAAAAGUGAAAUUGUUUAGUACACGCUGCUAUCAUAGGAAGGAGGUGACGUGCCGACAGCCAAUAGGUACCCGGGAGGGCGGUGGCGGCGACGGUACGUCCUGAUAGAAAAGGCGCGGAGUCCGCGCGGCUCCAACCCGUCAAUCAAAAGAGAAAGAAAAACGCUUUGCAAGUCGGUGGCGUUAAAGGAUUACACUAAAUGCAGAGCGAACUCCUCCUCCCCAAUUACUCACACAAGGCUGUGCUUUGCAGAAGAGUAACUUAGUAAAAACAACAAGCCUUCAAGUCUGCAGCAUUUCUUUUGCAUGGAGAUCAGACAUUGCAAAAACCAAACCCUGUAUUUUUUUUCUGUGAUCAACUAACGGCAACACAUCUUCAUGGGAGCUGUUUAAAGAGAGCGGACUUCUUUCCCCUCCCCCUUAAAAACACGGUUCCAAGUGACGUGAUUAUUUUUAUUUUCCUGCGCUUUUUAAGAACGGAGCUGUGGUUUGACCUCGCUUGUCUUUUCCAAAACAAAACCAUUGAGGGAAGAGAUUGAGAGAACUGUGGCUAAAUGCAUGGGCUAGGUCUGCGUCUUAUGGAAGUUCUGGGUUCGAAAUCUGAACAAGACACGUGUAAUUUCCGUCAGUCAGCGAUGCUUUUCCACGGACUCUCGGGGGGUGAAAUGCAGGGAGUUAUGGAGGAGAUGGAAAGACGAUCCAAGAACGAGCCAGGAAUCAGCUCGGGGGUAGACAUGGGGGAGAGAGAAACGACUAUGCCGUCCAUUAGUAACGAGAGACCGGCUCUGUGUGCAGGCUGUGGGGGGAAGAUCUCAGACCGUUAUUAUCUGCUGGCUGUGGACAAACAGUGGCACAUGCGCUGCCUCAAAUGCUGUGAAUGCAAACUGGCCCUGGAAUCCGAACUGACCUGCUUCGCCAAGGAUGGCAGCAUCUAUUGCAAAGAAGAUUACUACAGGAGAUUCUCCGUGCAGAGGUGCGCCAGAUGUCACCUGGGCAUCUCAGCAUCAGAAAUGGUGAUGAGAGCUAGAGACUUGGUCUAUCACUUGAACUGUUUCACGUGUACGACCUGCAACAAGAUGCUGGCGACCGGGGAUCACUUUGGCAUGAAGGACAGCCUGGUGUACUGCAGGAUUCACUUCGAAACUCUGAUUCAGGGGGAAUUUCAGGCUCACUUCAAUCACACGGACGUGGGCACUAAGAGCAGCGCUGCCCUGGGCCUGCCAUUCUACAACGGCAUGGGCACUGUGCAGAAAGGACGGCCCCGUAAGAGGAAAAGCCCAGGACCGGCGGCUGACCUGACAGCUUACAACACAGCGUUAAGUUGUAAUGAAAAUGACGGUGACCACAUGGACAGAGAACAGCAGUACCCUCCCACUCAGAAGACAAAACGCAUGCGCACCUCCUUCAAGCACCACCAGCUGAGGACCAUGAAAUCUUACUUUGCCAUUAAUCACAAUCCUGAUGCCAAGGACCUGAAACAGCUAGCACAGAAGACAGGCCUUACAAAACGAGUUCUGCAGGUUUGGUUCCAAAAUGCAAGAGCAAAAUUCAGAAGGAAUCUAUUACGUCAGGAAAAUGCAGGGGUUGAUAAAGCAUCUGAUGGUACAGUACUUCAAGCAGCAACGCCGUCUGGCCCAGCAUCAGAAAUUUCCAACGCCUCUCUUAGCCCUUCAAGCACUUCUACUACUUUAACUGACUUGACUAACCCUUCUAUGCCAACCGUGACGUCAGUUUUGACGUCUGUGCCUGGUAGCCUCGAAGCCCACGAAUCCCGAAGCCCUACACAAACUACUCUCACAAACCUUUUCUGAGAACUCUUUUACAUGAUUCCUAUGGAGAAGAGGAAAUUCUUAGUUUAAUUAUAACUGUAUUUUUAUUAGAUGCUUUGUACAACUGACUAACAGCACUAUGGAUCUGUACUGAAAACUGAGACAAGUCAAUGUUCUGGAAAAAAAAAGUUUACAAGCUGCGGAGAAUCUUUGCAGAGUUAACUUCGAUGCCCUUUUGUGUAACUGUACAAUUUUGUGGACUGAUCAAGGGAAUGAAAUCAAAAUCUGAACCGUUCAAUAAAGUUGGCUAGGAAUUAUGUGUACUCCUAAGUUUUCAAAGACUGUCAUGUGCCUUAUACACUGUCUCAUAAACACACAAUGGACUGCAUCUGCAUUCAAUUCAGAUUCAUGGGGUUGAUUCUUACCAGUUGUCUUUCUGCUACAUUGAAGGUUCAGAAACCUUUUUAGAAUGUCAAAGUAAAAGGUCAGUAUCAAUAAAGUUGUGCUAAAGUGCGAAAAGGGAAAAAACAUAUUCUGAAUGUUGAAGGUUUGCAGUUUGAGGCUGAAAGCUAGGAAGAGUUGCAUUGUGUCAAAUCACCCUUGAAUUCAUUUGGGGUAACUGUCAUACCUCGAUGAUCACUGCGAAUUCAGGGGUCUUUAACUGUUGCUUGGGAAGGUAGCAUUUGAUUUCAUUGGGCUGUCUCAAAAUCAAACCUCCAGUCAUUUCCUUUUGAUGUUGAGCUUCUGUCCCAUGUACAUUUGUUUUGCAUUAUUUAAUGCAUUCAUGUCUGGGGAUUGUUAAGUAAAUUUAAAAUACUACAGGGCGCCCAGUUUAGCUAACAUAGCAGACCGCAAUGCUUUCAAUGACAUGAAAAGCCUCUUUAAUGAGCCCAAAGCUGUCUGGGGGUGAAAUCAGAUAAUGCCAGCAAUAAAAGGUAGAUGUUAGCAGCUGAUUUUUUUCAAUCUGCCCAAUCUUCUUCGUAUUGAAAUUCAAAGAUUGAAAAUUCAAACUCCAUUUACAGAGCUACUUCCAAGUCAUUCUGUCACAUUUACUUGUUUUGACAUUUAAAAUCUGGGGAAUAUUUUCCAAGUUAAUGGAAAAUAAAAAGCAGACACAGUGUAUAACAGGCUGCUGAAUCACUGUGAGCCUGUGUUUUUGCAGCUGGCAUAGACCCAUUUCACCCCUUUUGGUCUUUGCCUCUCUAAAGAAAUGUCCAUAAUGCAACAUCUGUGAUGUAACACUACUUUUUGAGGGUUCGUCUAUUUUACCUUUCCACACUGGUUGCACUUGGGUUAUUAACUGAUGAUUCGUGACAGUAAGUUAUCUCAAUCUGGGCAAUGAAAUUAUCAUUCAGACUCACAUUAGCUGAUGACCUUAUGUACAACCCCAUAUUCAUACAAAAAGCUUGGAAGACAGCAAUUCAAUGAUUCUUAUUGACAAUGUAUUUACAGGAUUUCCUCUUUCAGUGGCAUUACUGUACAGUUAUGAAGUAGUUUAUCCAAUUUCAAAUGGAUGGUUCCACUUAUUGUUAAUUAUAUGAACAAUUGAAAACAAUUUUGUGAUUGCUUUAUGUAGCAGAGGGGAUGCAUGCAACCUAUUGCAUUAGUCUCAGUGAAUCACAGCUCUCAUAGACCAUCCUGCUCUUUGUGAAAAAUAUUAUUUUGUUCAGAAAAUAAAGACCACAAUGUGGUAAAUUUUAUGUUUAAAAAUAAUAACAUUGGAUUUAAUAACUUUAUAUUACCAAGACUUAAAAAGCAGGAAUGAAAUUUGAAUGUCUUGGAACAAUAACUGUGCUGUCUUUUGCCAAUGGUAGAAGUUAUUCUAACUGCAUAAAGUUUUCUUUCAGUUCAAAAACCUUACUAGUGAACUUUGCUGAUUAACUCUUUGCUUUCCAUCCAUUUUGCCAAAAUAGUUUGACAAAGGAUUUAUUUUGGCACGUAAAACUCAUAGAAAGUCAAUUUUGUGUUUUCUUUUGGCUCUGCAUUUAUUGAGCACUGCAAAUUCCUUCUGUUGGGAUGGAAGGAACAAUGUAGUGUGUGAAACUGCUGCGAUUGCUGGUUAUGCUGUUCCAUGGUCAGCCAGCAGGAGGCAGAUGUGAAGGACUGACCUGUCAAAUGUUCCCCAGAGUCUGAGACAAACCAUUUCACUAGUUCUCUGUGAUUUCCUGUUGAACUGCAAUCCUCACUCCAGGCAGUUUGAAGUGAUUUGAAAGAUAGGCUUGAAUCCCAAUGUGCCUGUUUGUGAAACUAGUGCUCAGCUUCUGAAUUUCCAAGUUCUCGGAAUUCCAGUAAUUUUAGAACAAGGAGGUCUUAGAGAGAUAGGGGAAAACAGUUGCUCAUUUUGUAAAGUUGUUACAUGGGUGAAUAACUCUUUAAAUUUAAAUUUGUAUAAGUGUUGGAUGAUGACGAAUAAGGACUGCUUUUUUUGAAGGCAUCUGCCAUACUAGGUAUUAUUUUGGAGAGGGUAAAACUGAUUGCGAAGUGACUGUAAGCCUGUGGGAAGCUCAAUGUGUUCUAAAUAUAUUAAUUGGCAUUCAAUAAAGAUAAGAGCUCAGUUUCAUGUAAAUAUGCAAGAGAUCUAAGAAGGUUGUACUUUGUGUUUACUGGGAUGGUUUUUAUUUCUCAGUGAUUAUUGUGCUCCUGUUUAAACAAGUUUUAACAGCAUACAAUCUACAAGAAAAUAGCUAUGACAAAAGAUGCCAGGCUUGUAUUGGGUAUCCAAAACAUAAGAUGCCACCUUAACACCAUGUGUCUGUAAUGUAGAAAUAGCUCUAAACUGUGAAACAAGCAUUCAGUUUGAAUAAAACUACCAUUAAAUACAAUGUUGCCAUAUGCUAAUUCCUUUUGGAGGACCUUAAAUGCAUGUCGAGGGAAUUCUUUGUGUCUAUGGCUAAUUACAUUUACAACUUUAACUUUUAGUCUUAAAUAGAGGUACAGGCCAAUUUACAGAUGAGGGAAGUCUGAUAACUGUUAGCUGCCAGGGAUCAUAAAAUGACUAAUAAUAAUAUUUGUUAAAAUGAAAAGUACUAGAGUUUUGGCAGAUUGUACAGUGGGAAAUAAUAUUAUAUAAAGAACAUUCUACUGAAAGUGUGGAUAUUGUAAAUACCACCUUGUGGAAUUCUAUAUUUUUAUUCUUUGAAUGUGAAUGGUAAUUUCAGUGCCCAGAUGAUUGUGACUUCACAUGUAUAAAAAUUCAAUGGGCUAUUUUCGAUGUGAGAGGCAAUUGUUUGAAGUCCCAAUUCCCUUUCUAAUCUCAAACACUGAUUAUAGAGUGAAGAGGCUACUUCCCCUAGUGAAGUGAGUGGCAGUGGUUCACUCACGUGUUUUGGUAGCUGUCAGGAGUCAAUAGCAUCGGCAACAUUCAUAGGUUCUGCAUUUUCACAAUGGUGAACCAGCUGUCAGAAUGCGCUAUGGUACAAUAUGUGCAGUGUACACUACAGGAAUUCGCGGUAAACUCCAGCCAAUUUGCCAACAAUUGGAAGUACUGUGGGCAUCAGUAUCUCAUGAUAAAAAUGAAAUUAUGGAUCAGUUAAACAUGCAUCAAUUACUGAGUGGAUGACAUAUCUUUUAGCAUUCUUUAAAAAAAUGAAAAAAAUUGGAUGAACUAGGUAAAGUAACAAUUGAAAAGACAUUUGACUUACUUAUGAGAGGGAGAUGGAAAUACAUUUAUAGCAGCAAGUUACACAAGACAUGUGAUCAGAGGUUUACAAAGAUACUAUGGAAUUUCAAACAUACACUUCACUGAAUUUGCUGACCCUUUUUAUUGUUCUGAUGUUUGGUCUUGUCUGAUUAUGAGAAGCACGCUGGCUUUGAAUGCUGUACAUUUUCUAAUAUACCAAUUGUACUGUCCUGUACACAUUCUUGUGCAGUUGAAUGUGAUGUAUUAAACAGUCUCCAUUUUUGUUGACACGUAUAAAUUAGUAUAACGUAAUUGACAUUUUUCAAGCGUUUUCUUGGCAAUGAAUUUUGCCUAUAAAUUCAUGUAAUUCAUACAAAGAAAAAAUGGUGGGCAUGUUUCCCUUAGCAGAAAGGCACCCCUGGCUAAAAGAUUGAAGCUAUAAACCCAACAUGACAUAUGUGAUAUGAUAACAAGAUGAAAAAAGAACAUAAGUCCCAUUCAAUUAGAGUCAUUGCAUUCUUUCUUUCUUGAGAUAUGAAAGCUCUUAGAUUAAAGCAAAAGAUUAGACAUUAUUUAGGGGUUAACCAAUUUGUAAAU